AUGACCGAAAUUACAUUUGAGUACGACAGAUUUACAAGAUCUUACUUUACUGGAGAGAAAAUAAAAGGUGCUGUUAAAGUAAAAACAACAGAGAAAAUAAAACCAAAAGAAGUAACAUGCACAGCAUAUUGCAUCAGAACUGUUGAUCCAAAUGGUCACGGCCUUACAAGUUUCGACGAUCCAAUUCCAAAAGUUGCAGAUCGUAUUGUUUGGCAACAUAAUAUACCGAUUAAUCCAGCUCCAACUGUAAUUGAAGAUGGAUAUACUCUUCCUUUUGAAUUUACAGUUCCUAAGGAAAGCAAAAUGACAGAAUCCAUUCGUUGCAAAUACAUUUCCGUUGACUACUUUGUUGAAUUCGUAAUAAAGAGAGGUCUUCUCUCAUCUGACAUUGUUGGCACGAAAGGAUUCUUCAUUGUUGCCGAUUUAGAUAAAAAUAUUCCAGCAGGCGAACCCGUUGAAGUUAAUGUUAAUAAAGUUAACCCGCAAAGGUCAAUGGGCAAGAAGGCAAACUUUAAAGCUCACAUUCAUUUCAAUACUAAUGUUGCCACAUUCACGAAGCCUCCGACCGGUUGGAUUACUAUUGUCGACUCAGAUACUCCGAUUGAAGCAAUUACAGUUUCAUACAUUCGUAAUGAAACAAUUCUAAUCGACAGAACAAAUCCACAGACAUUAAACUCUGAAAAGAGCCGUACAUAUAUCGCAGAAAAUGAUCCUCCACAUGGAAUCCAAAUUCCAUUUAACAUUGAAUGGUCUCGCAUCCAUAUUAGCGCAGAUUUAGAGACCCCACUGUUCUCAGUAUCAACAAGCCUUAAGGUCCGUAUUGUCUUCACAAACGGAGCUUACGCUUCAACAACUAUUCCUUUGAAACUCUAUCACGAUCUUGCUUACUAA